AUGGACGCCAUCGCAGAAGGACCUCAGGUCCAGGUCAAAUUCAUCACUCAGCAGAGACAGUUCGCCAUCCCCGAAACCGCCAUUCAGACUCCCGCUCGUCUCAGACGCUAUGGACUCUCGCAAAUUAUCAACCUUGUUCUCCAGAACGAAGGAGGUGCGUCUAUCCCACUCAUCCCCUCGGCCCUCGCCAAGGAGGACCAAGUUCCCAAGAAGCAGAGGCCUUUUGACUUUUUGAUUGAGGGCGAGUUCUUGAGGACCUCAUUGGCAGAGUACCUGGAGGAGAAGAACAUGUCGACUGAGAACGUUUUGACGGUCGAGUACGUCGAGUCCAUGCUCCCCCCUACCCCUCUGUCUUCGUACGAGCACGACGACUGGGUCAGCGCUGUUCAGGCACACCGCCUUGGAGGAUUCUUGACUGGAUCGUACGACAACCACGUUCGUCUCUGGAACAAGCAGGCAGAGUGCACCCAGAUCUUGACAGGACACAACGGAGCCGUCAAGGCCGUUCAAUGGCUCACGUCCGAUGGCGAUAACGGCACUUUGCUUUCGGGAGCAUUGGACAGAUCUAUUUUGGCAUGGGAGUACAGCCACUCCGAUAACAGCCACUCGGUUUUGUACGAGUGCAGAGGACACACUGGAGGAGUCGAGAGCAUCUCUUUGAACGCUACUGGAGACAAGUUUGCUUCUGGAUCAACAGAUGCCACUAUCAAGAUCUGGACCACCAUCAUCCCCACUGUCAGCGACCAUAUCGAGGAUGUCACUGAGACCCGCAAGAAGAGGAAAACCGUCAAGGAAGACAGAGUCUUGAAGGCAAGCGACCCAAAUGAUGCAAGAGGCAAGGCUGGCGCACCUAUCUCUUCUCUCAACGCACAUACUGGACCCGUUUCGGCAGUCACCUUCAGUCCCACAUCAGCAGAUACCCUUUACAGUGGUGGAUGGGACCACUCUGUUCGCGUCUGGGAUAUUGAGAACAGCGUCAACAUCACUACCAAGAACUGCGAAAAGGUUGUUCACGCUCUGGACUACUCUCAGCAUUCUGGACUUUUGGCCUCUGGUCAUGCCGACCCCGUUAUUCGCCUUUGGGACCCUCGCUCGGAAGAUUCGUCGGUUGUGAAGCAGACUCUGAGCGGACACCAGAACUGGGUGACCUCUGUUUCGUGGUCGCCUUCGUCGUCGUACAUGUUGGCAAGUGGAUCCUACGAUGGUUUGAUCAAGGUGUGGGAUAUCCGUGCCAAGGGUGCCCUUUAUACCUUGUCUCACGGAAAGGCCUCCAAGAAGGUCUUUAGCAUUGACUGGAGCAACGAUAUUCUCUUGUCGGGUGGUGAAGAUAAUCAGAUGAAGAUUCACAAAGUCCAGGAUAUGACUGAGCGUGCUGAGGCAUAA